AGCGUGUUCCGUGCGCCAAAAUCUUCGGCUCCGAUCCUACUCUACCUCCCUCCAGGGCCAGUGGUAGAGAAAAGCCUGGAAGAUGAGGAGCGCGUGAUAACAACGCUACAAGACUCAAGUGCUGCGACUGUUGUCCGCAUCAAUUACCGCGCAUCAUCCUUGAACCAGUAUCCUACACCUUGUCAUGAUGUAUUGCUCGGUUAUGACUGGGUCUGCGAGCAUUUGCUUAUCGAUGAAUUCUCGCGACCCUAUCUAGCCCGUCUUGGUGUAUGCGGAGAACUCGUAGGCGGCUCCUUGGCAACGAUGCUGGCCCUGACAGAGUGCCGCCUUGGAGAGAGUCGGAUUGGUGCCGCAGCUGUCAAUAACCCAAUCGUAGAUUGGGUAUUCCCAGACGAGCUUGCAGUCAUCCAACCCGAAGAUCUCCCAGAGCCUCAGUAUGGCGAUGAAACACAACUUCCUGCCGACGAAGACCUGGCUGGUUCGUUAGCGAUUCGUGAAGCUGUAGAAAACCUGCAAACUGAACGCAAGCGACCCAAGAAACGUUCCCCAAAAACACCACCUCCGACGUCUUGGCAGGCUAACAGAGACAACACAAUCAUACCUGCUAGGACUCUGUCGGAGCAGCGUGACGUCCUCUUCAAGAAGCCACAAGACUAUUUCGAUCGAUUCGCUUCACCCAUCCACUUCUUUCGUUCUCCCCAUGCCCAACUAACCUUUCCACCACAAGACGACAUCUUCGCGUCGCUGCAACCCGAUAUACAGCCCCUCGACCCCGAGAUUCAGAUGGCCCUCAACCACUAUGCUACUUUUGAAGAAGCAGUCAAAGCCCCGCCAGCAAUACCCACGUUGAGCAGAUGUCGUGCUUACGCGCGAAACUACCCCCCAGGUGGUACCAUGCCACUAAGCUUACCAGUGUGGAACAUUACUACUGGCCUGCAGAGUCCGCUAUCCGAUACCACACACGAGCUGGCGAGGAUGCUACAACGCAGCAUUGCGCGUCAAAUUCUGAAAUCGCAUUCUGGCCGGUCGAGAUGGCUUGAUGCGGCAGAGAAGAGGCAAUACGAAGAUAUCGCCAAGGGGCGAGUAGAAGUAGAUUCGCACGAAGGCGUAGGUCUUUGGACUCAACCAGACGCGGAUGUAGAACAGAACCCACAAUUACAAGAGAUAGGAAUUUGGAUGAAACAACGCUUGGAGCCAGGCUUCGUCUAAACAAUGAAAGAUUGUUGAAUCUUGUCAAACUCCACGCCAGGUUGCCUCGCAAUCUUCAAUGCUUGAAAAACUGGAUUUGCAUGCUCAUUGUCAUCCUGAAUGUAGGGACAAUACGCAACUACAGCGUUUCCCGAACAAACGAACAAAGCGAUACAACAUGCC